AUACUUGCUCUUUGUUAUCGCAAAAUCAAAAUAUCAAAUCCUAUAACAGGUACACUGUUAUCGUUAAUACCUAAUCUAUCUCUUCAUUCUAUAUUAAUCUCGUUUUGCUAUUGAUCUUUCGCUUAUCGUUGUUAGAAUUAUGGAUUUACAGUACCCCUGCUUCCGUAUCCCCGAAAAGGGGUUUACCCUAUUCAAAAUAGCUCCCUGUGGUGAACUUUCUCGUCUCUUUUCUCUUUCUCUCCUAUUUGAGGAAUUGGGUUUUAGGUUUUAAGCUUUCUUCGGUUUGAUUAUUUCUCUAGCAAAUAAAUUGAUGAUGUCAUUAAUGGAUGCAAAGGCUUUAGCCAAAUCAAAGAGAGCUCACUCUCUUCACCAUAGUAAAAGGCCUCAUCCAAACCAAAAAUUGAAAGCUCCUUCAGAUGGUACAAGUAGUGGUAGAAAUAUAAAAAAGCCAGUGGGAAAGGAGGCUGGAGAGAAAACGAGGCAGUCCCGGCAUGCAUCUGCGCUGCCAUCAAAUUGGGAUCGCUAUGAAGAAGAAUUUGACUCAGGCUCUGUAAACUCUUUGGGAGAUAGCUCAAAUCAACCCUCUGAUGUUAUUAUGCCAAGGAGUAAAGGGGCAGACUUUCGUCACAUGAUUGCUGAGGCUCAAUCUCAGUUACAUCCUUAUUCAAAUAGCUCUCUAUCUUUUGAUGAUGUUUUACCUGAGGAAUUUAAGCUGGGAGUAGGCUCCCUGCUUUCAGUUAGGGGAGAGGCCAUUCUGUCAUGGAUUGGGGCUAAUAGCUUUAUUGUCGAAGAUGAAACAACUGCAAGUCCUGAGGCAGCUUUCCUGUCCCUCGAUUUGAAUGCCCUUGAGGAACAAUUAGAAAAAGUAGACUUACCUCAGAGGCUCUUCAUCGAAGCAGAUCUUCUGCCAACAGAACUGAAUACAGGACCAAAAGGAAGCAGCAAUCAGGAAUCUAACCGAUUUCACAAAACACAGCAGAGUAGAGUAGCCACGAGAAUUUCAGAAGAAGUGGCUGCGGAUAAAAAGAUGGAUUCAGCCUGUGAUAGUCGGUAUGUGGAUUCACUGUUGAUGAACCCUGUGGUGAAUUUGGUGAAUCACAUGAACAAUGAAUCAACUCCAAAUCAUUUUGGGGAAUCUAGUGAAAGUAGACCACUGGAGUCCACUGCACAAUUUAAUGUGAAUUCUUCUGCAAAGACAAAGAAGAAGCAUUUUAUGUUUGAGUCAUCAGCAGCUGAGGCAGAACUGGAUAUGCUUCUUGACUCAUUUAGUGACAGCAAGAUUUCUGAUGCCCCCCGCUACAAAUCUGAAAACAGUCUCUCGCACGCUGACAAACAAGCUUCAACAUCUCAGUCUCAUUCUUUAAGAGAAGGUCCAGGUUCACGGAGAAUUGCAUCAACUACUGCCAAUUUUGAUGAUGUAGUUGACGAUUUACUUGAACAAACGUCAAAUCUGGUGAACCAAAAUGCUUCACCUCAGCCUCAGGAAGUAAAGGGUUUUCCUCAUGAGACCAAAACUUCUUCUCAUUCUGUUAACAAAUCUAGAGUGUUAGAUGAUUUUGCUUCAUGGUUGGAUACAAUUUGAUGGUUAAUGGUUUGUAUGGUAAAAACUCUCAACCAUGUAAUCUUACUUUUUGUAGAAGCUAGCUCAUCGGAUGACCCAUAUGUGAUACGUAGAAGGAAUGCCCAGAUAGGUCCCUUUGACUGUAUUUUCUCGGACUCUAUAUGGAAGAUUUGUUCAUUGUAAUUGUUAUGUUUGACCA